AUGAAAACAUUUAAAAAUGAACCAAACCAAAAAAUAGUUAUAAAACCGACAGGUUUAAACUCUAAUUUGGGUACUAACAAUAGUAAAACUAUUAAUUUAAUAAAUAAUAGUGACGUAAACAAUGUAAAUAGUAAUAUAAAUAGUUUACAAAGUAAUAAAAUAGAAAAAUGCAUUAAUAACAAUAACAAUAGUGGCAAUAAUAUGAAUAAUAAUAAUAAUAAUAAUAAUAAUAAUAAUAAUAAUAAUAAUAGCAACAACAAUAAUAAUAAUAAUAAUAGUGGCUAUAAUAUUAAAAAUAAUAAUAAUAAUAAUAAUAAUAAUAAUAAUAAUAAUAAUAAUAAUAAUAAUAAUAAUAAUAAUAAUAAUAAUAAUAAUAAUAAUAAUAAUAAUAAAAAUAAUAAUAAUAAAAAUAAUAAUAGCGACAACAACAACAACAAUAAUAAUAAUAAUAAUAAUAACAACAAUAAUAUCAAUAGUUUGAAUAUUAUUAGUUCAGAGGGUUUUUUUGACAAUAAUGAAUGCUUUAUAGAGUCGUCUCUUUCUUUUGAAUUUGAUAUCAGCGAAAUGGAUAAUCAAAUAAUAAAUUAUGAAGAGGAUAUGGGUAAUUAUGAAGAGAAUAUUCAACAAGACGAUGGUAGAGAUACUUUUAUGAUGAUAGAAAACCCACUUGAAUAUAAUAAAAAUAAUAAUAAUAAUAAUAAUAAUAAUAAUAAUAAUAAUAAUAAUAAUAAUAAUAAUAAUAAUAAUAAUAAUAAUAAUAAUAAUAAUAAUAAUAAUAAUAAUAAUAAUAAUAAUAAUAAUAAUAAUAAUAAUAAUAGUAGAGGUAAUAGUAGAAGUAAUAGCGGAGAGUUAACUAGUAUUGGUCGUGUUAUUAGGUCAGGAAGUGUAUUUUCAAACUUUUUCAACUAUAAAAAAGAUACAAGCGCUCAAAAUUUAGAUGAAAGUUUUGACUAUAGUAAUAAUACAAAUGAAUAUCAUUCUGGUAUAUUCGAUUCAUUACCGAUUAAUAUCGGAAAUGGUGAAACCAAUCAAUACACUAAUAGUGGUGGGGCUAGUACAUACUACAGCUCUCAUACUUCUAAUGUUAAUACUUUAAGAUCGACAUUGGAUAGUAUUGAAAGAAGAAAAAAAACAAUUGAAGAGUUAUUCGCUUCAUUAGAUUUAAAGAUUAAACUUUAUAACGAGAGCGAGAAAAGAAAACAAGAUUUAGCUUUAGUUACUUUAGAUAAAGCUUAUCAAAAUAACAAUUACAAUAAUAAUAAUAAUAAUAAUAAUAAUAAUAAUAAUAAUAAUAAUAAUAAUAAUAAUAAUAAUUACAAUAACAAUGACAAUAACAACAAUAAUAUGAAUAGCAAUAAUAUGAAUAGCAAUAAUAUAAAUAACAAUAGUAUAAAUAACAAUAAUAUAAAUAACAAUAAUAUAAAUAACAAUAAUAUAAAUAACAAUAAUAUAAAUAAUAACAAUAUAAAUAGCAAUGGUAAUAAUAUAAAUAGCAAUAAUAAUAAUAACAAUAACAAUGGCAAUAACAACAAUAAUAUGAAUAGCAAUAAUAUAAAUAACAAUAAUAUAAAUAACAAUAGUAUAAAUAACAAUAAUAAUAUAAAUAAUAAUAAUAAUAACAAUAUAAAUAGCAAUGGUAAUAAUAUAAACAACAAUAAUAAUAAUAAAAAUAAUGUAAAUAAUGUAAAUAGUGUAGAAUAUAAAAAAUUUAAUGGAGUAACAGCAGGGAACACUGAAAAUAAACAAGAUAAUUAUUUUAGAAGUUUGAAUGAAAAAAGAAAGUGUGAAGACAGUAUCGAUGAAAGUCCAUCAAAAUUAAGAUACAUAGAUAAUGGAUUGGAUUGCUCUAUAGAUUUUUCAUUUAGUAAUCUAUCACCUAUAGAAAGUGCCAAAAAUACCACUGCCUCUAUUCCUCGUGAUACAUCAUUAGUCAAUAAAGUAAAUGGAAAUAAUUUAGUUUUACCAAUAGCAGCAAAAACAACAACAAAAACAACAACAACCACAACAACCUCAACAACAGCAGUAACGAAAACAGAGGCAGCAACAAAAACUGAAACAGCAUUACCAACAACUAUAACAACAACAACAUUAUCAAAAAACAGACCACCAUUGAUUGGACCUAGAUUUCCAACAAAGCCACCACCAUUACCAACACCUAUUAACACAGAUAAAGUAUUUGAUAAUAAUAAUAAUAAUAAUAAUAAUAAUAAUAAUAAUAAUAAUAAUAAUAAUCCACCGAAAUCUAUUGUACUUAGUAACCCAAUUAAACCUAGUUUACCAUUUAAAAAACCAGUUCCUUCAUUCGCAAAACCACCAAUUCAAAAAUUAACAAAUUUAAGUAAUCCAAUCAAUAAUAUUAUCAAAAAUACUAAUAGUGACCUUAUUGGUAAUAGCAAUAAAAACAACAACAACAAUAAUAACAUCAACAACAACAUUAAUAAUAAUAAAGUUGUAACAGUUUUCGAUAAUACACUAGUUUUAACACCAACUAAAUCACCAUUAUCUUCAUCAAUGUCACCUAUAAAAUCCAAUUGUUCAAAAGGUAGUGAUGGUGGUUUGAAUAAAUCAUUUGAAGAUAGAUCAAGUAGUGCAGGUAGUAAUAACAGCAAUGGUAGUUUUAAUAAAAAAUAUAUAUUUCAUAAUAGUGUUACAAUUGAGGAAUUAAUAAACUUAAGAAAUGAAGAUGUUGGAGAGCAUCAUGGUAUAUCAAGUUCAUGGUCAGAUAAUGAAAAUUAUGGAUUAUCAACUAGCAAUUAUCCCUUUAAAACUCAUACGAUAACAGAGAAUUGUUGGCAAUGGUUCAAAGGUAAAUGGGCAGCACAAAGAGAAUUUUCAUUUACACUUUGUUGUCAUAUAAAGAAAGAAGAUUCAACUAAAAUUACGGAGACAAUGGAUGAAUCAACUGAUGAGGAGAGUAUGUUUUUACCUCAACUCUAUAAUAUCUAUGGAAUAAUGGUUAGUUUUGGUGUCACUGGUCAAGUUGUAUAUUAUUUACCAUUAAGUAAUGAUCAUUUAGAAUAUUAUAAUUUUGAAAAAUUACUACUACAACAACAACAGCAACAACAACAACAACAACAAAGACAACAAAGACAACAAAGACAACAAAAGAAAAAUCAAAAACAAAAUGAAAUUUCAAUUGAUUUUAUAAUUUCAGAAAAGUUAAGAUUCUCAAGAUUUACUAAAUAUACAGAGGAACAAAUUAAAGAGAGAUGGGAAUUUUUAAAAGAAGUUUUUGAAAAUCCAACAAGUUUUAAAUAUCAAUACAAUAUGAAACCACAAUUAAAAUUAUUAGCACAUAAAGGUAUUUACUUAAAAUAUGGUUGUAUGGAUCCAAAAGUUGCAUCUUGGGUUUUGAACUCUGAAAUUAAUAAAGAUAGAACAUUGGAUCAACUUUAUAUUGAAACUCGUAAUUCCUUUAAAACGAAAAUAGUUGGUCAUUAUAAUAAUUUUGAUAGAUCUUGUUUUACUGUAAUUAUUAAUUUUAUUUUAAAAUCAUUUUUUUUUUUUUUAAUUAUUAUUUAA